CGAGUCGUCACAUGCUCUACACUUCAAACGAAGAACUGAUCAACAGCGAAGCAACACUGCAAGAGAACACCGAGAUUUUGUCAAAUUACACUGAAUUACCACAGAAAUUUCUACAUCUCUCUUGAAUAUACUGAAAUGGCUGCUGUACGACGUCUUACCGCACAAACCGUCCCAGCUCAAGAAAAUGUCGACGUCCUCACAAAAGCUAAGCAUGGCCAAAAUACUCGCUUUGGACGCGCCGCUUUGGGAGACAUCGCAAACAAAGACAAGGCUGUUCUUCCCGGCAAAAGGAUAGCUUUAGGAACGCGUGGUCUUACGAGAAAUGAAGCUUUCACGGCGCUUCCCAAGCCCGAACGGCCGGCCUCAAAGCCCGAGCCCAUGGACAUGGCUGAUUUUAGUGAGGCGCUCAACGAAUGCUUUCCUACCGAUGUGGAAGAUAUCGAUAGCGGAGAUUACGAUAAACCCCAGCUAUGCGCCGAGUACGCAAAAGAGAUCAUGCGAUUUCUCCGAGCUAUGGAAGAACACUACAGCGUUUCUCCCACUUACAUGAAUAACCAACAAGAAGUAAAUGAAAAGAUGCGUGCAAUCUUGCUUGACUGGCUUGUGCAGGUCCACCUCAAAUUCCGCCUUCUGCAAGAAACCCUCUACAUCACCAUGUCAAUUAUAGAUAGGUUUCUUGCUGUCCAUCAAGUUUCUAAGAGAGAGCUUCAGCUUGUAGGAGUUGGUGCUAUGCUUCUUGCUUCCAAAUAUGAAGAGAUGUUUGCCCCUGAGAUAGGCGACUUUGUCUACAUCACAGACCAUGCAUACACCAAAAAACAGAUCAGACAAAUGGAAUCCUUGAUCUUCCGUAAGCUGGACUUCAGUCUUGGCAAGCCACUCUGCCUUCAUUUCCUCAGAAGGAACUCAAAGGCUGGAGCUGUUGGUGCUGAAGAACACACCAUGGCUAAAUACCUUAUGGAGCUAACACUGAUAGACUACCAGUCCAUCAAGUUCCUCCCCUCUGAGAUUGCUGCAGCAUCUCUCAGCCUGGCCAUGCGCGUUAUGGGGAAAGGCAGUGAAUGGACACCCACCCUUGAACACUACAGUGGUUACUCUGAGAAGAAACUUAGCACAUGCAUGCAGAGAUUGGCGCAGCUGGUUCUAGGAGCCAGGGACAGCAAACAGAAGGCUGUGUACAACAAAUAUGCCAGCAGCAAGUUCAUGAAAAUCAGCACAAUGUCUUGUUUGUCUACCUCCACGAUAACAACUCUUGCAGCCCAGGACCAAUCUUAGUUUAUAAUAAGCAUAGAAGCAAUUUAUAAAGGGUUAUAGGGUGGGUAGGGUGGUUUAGGGGCAGGACCCAUUCAGUAGACUCCCGUUCAGGAGAGUGUAAAUAAUGCCUGUAAACAGUGUCAGGUUUGAAGUUAUAAACACUGUGAUUUCCAAGGAAAUACUUUUUUUUAGUUUACUAAUAACAUUUUGAUGUAAAAGUAAUUUUAUUGGAAACCACAGCUUCUGAUAUCAUUUCAUGAAAUAUAAAUAUUGGGAUGGCUACAUGGACCUUGUGUCAGUUACUUUUUAAUCACUAGUCUUUGUAAAUAUAGUUAUUUUUUUUUUUCAAAAUAAACCAUUGAUACUAUUA